UUGUGUUUCCUGGGUGCAUGCAGCGUCACAGAAAGGCCGUCCAGUACUGUGUGGCAGAGCGUGGGUGAGUGCGUUUGUGUGCAUGUGAGAGGCAGGGUUAGAGCAGAGUUUCGGAGCACGUUCAGUUGACAGGCGUCGCCGUUGCUACUCGACUCGGAUAACAAUACAAGCGAAGGCACGGAGUUGUCGCUACUCGCGAGAUACGCGCCUUUAACCGGAUUAAACCCAGAAAAGCCGUUUUGGAGGGAUCCGAGCUGAAGGCGGAUGAGCGCAGCCCCGCGGGAGGGCAAGUGUGUUUCUGUGGAGGAGUCCAGCUUGCGAAAGAUGAACAAAAACCACCGAGUGCCGAGCAACCGAACUCUGAACGCCGUGGAGGUGAAGAGCAAGUUUGGAGCAGAAUUCAGGCGAUUCUCUUUGGACCGGUCCAAGCCGGGACGCUUCGAUGAGUUCUACGGCUUGCUCCAGCAUGUGCACCGGAUCCCUAAUGUGGACUUGCUCGUGGGUUACGCCGACAUCCAUGGGGACCUGCUGCCAAUCAACAAUGAUGACAAUUACCACAAAGCUAUAUCCAUGGCAGCGCCCCUGCUCCGCCUCUUUCUGCAGCGGAAAGAGGAGGCCGACUACUCUGCAUUCGGCACAGACAGUGUGACCCGUAAGAAGACCCCUGCAGCUCUCGCUGCAGUACUUCUUCGCCCGGACGCCAACAAGAAGAAGCCUCCAAUCAUCAUCAGCCUGCCCAAAGACUUCCGGCCAGUUUCGUCCAUCAUCGAUGUGGACAUCCUACCAGAAACACACCGUCGUGUUCGUCUCUACAAACACGGCCAGGAGAAACCGCUGGGCUUCUACAUACGCGAUGGUUCCAGUGUACGUGUCACUCCCCAAGGCCUGGAGAAGGUUCCGGGCAUCUUCAUCUCCCGCAUGGUCCCCGGAGGCCUGGCAGAGAGCACGGGCCUGCUGGCCGUCAACGAUGAAGUGCUGGAGGUCAAUGGCAUUGAGGUGGCUGGAAAGUCCCUGGACCAAGUAACGGACAUGAUGAUCGCUAAUAGCCACAACCUCAUUAUAACCGUCAAACCGGCCAAUCAGCGCAAUAACGUGGUACGCAACAUCAACAGCGGAGGCGGGGCCACAUGCGGCAGCUCGGGACGAUCCUCGGACAGCAGUACAUGUUUCUACAAUUAUUCCACGCCGGUCUCCAUGGGAAGGACUCCAUCUCAUAUUAUUCAGAACUAUGAGCCGGAUGAGGAGAGCGAUGAGGAUGAAGAUCUGGUGAUUGAGGGGAACAGCGAGGCUAAACUCAUUCCACAGGCAGUUGCACGGGCGACAGCCAGCUCCAGCAUGCCCACUCUGCCCAGAUAUGAACCCCACCUCAAUCUCAGACCCUCCAAUGGUACCAUGGCAACGAGUGCCAGCACGGGGUCUCUGAAUGCCCGCGAGAGGGGCCUGGAGAGACGUAAUCUAGAGGAAGAUGGCACGGUUAUUACACUUUAAAGACAGUGAUCCAACACAAACCAUGUGAAACACAUGCCAAUACGCACUUUUGUGUGCCAUAAGACUAGUAUAGCAUGGCUAUAUAUUCAGAGACCAGACAGUGUGGGACCAAGAGAGGAGACCACAGCACCUUAUAGGACCUCUUUAUAACCACAUCACCACUGAGAGCAGCACUGUACCAAAAAUAGCUGCUUCAUGAGUAAUAAUGAACUGACUGAGUCAGCGUGAUUGAAAAAUGCAGAUAUCUGCAGGGUGAUCUCAACAACUUGACACCAAAUGAAUCAUGACAAUCUUUGACUUUGACAACCACUCCCUUACGAGUGCUUUAGCAUUAUGACAGAGAACAAAGUAGGGUGGCUUACCCAGCGACUGUGUUGCCAUGGUAACCCGACUGAGAGUUAGUAGUGUCAAGUUUAGAAGGAAUGCUGAAUUGUGCUUUUCAUCAUUUCCUGUCUACAGCACUAAGGUAAUCGUGAACAUUUCCGGAGGCUAGGCGGAUAUUGUUAGAACGUCAUUAUUUUUAAAGCGUAGUUGGACAUUUCAAAGUUUUAGACUGCUGCCUCGGUUAAGAUACUGUGUACAUUUUCAAUUUUUUAAUCAUAGCCAAAAUACAGAUUAUUGUCAUAUUUUGUCAUAUAAUGGUAUUUUUUUAUUUGUACCACUUAAUUUUGUUUGACAAGGGCUAUCUUCCUGCUCUGUGGUUUUUGACCCAUGUGACCCUGUGGAAUUGGAAUAUAUCGUGAUGUUAUUGUGCACUCUGAAGUGGACAAAAGGAUGCUUCAUGUAUGAAGAGUGUCUGUAAGCCUCAAGUGUUGCAAGCGAAUUAGAGAGAGGAAAAACUGAUUGGCAUUGAAUAUUCACAGGGACCAUUGAAUAUCUGCCAGAAGAUUAUUUUCCCUUAUUUUUUUAGGUGAUGUGUGAACUGUACGUAUCUUUGGGGGUCCACAGUGCACCAGGCAAACCAUACAGUUACAUCAGAAUGGGGUUGAGAUUCAGAAAUUUUGGCACAGAGCAAAUGCGGUUUAGUAAAUGUGGUCUUAAAGAGAUAGUUUGCACAAGAAAAAAAAUAUGUCAGCAUUUAUUCGCCCUCAUGUGGUUUAAAACUUGUAUAUGACUCUUUCUUCUGUAGAACACAAAUGAAGAUAUUUCGUGUCCAUACAAUGGGGGUCCGUGUUGUUUGGUUACAAAAAUUCUCUCAAUAAUUCUUCAUUUUGUGUACAUAUAAUGGAAGUCAAUGGGGGCCAAUGUUAUUUCAAAAUAUCUACUUCCGUGUUUUGAAGAAGAAAGAGACUCAUACAGGUUUGGAAUCACAUGAGGGGGGCGAAUAAAUGAUGGAAGAAUUCUCUUUUUUGGGUGAUACUUUUCCUUUAAGCUUAAUCUUUUUUAAGAUAUGCUCUGCAAACUUGCCUGGCUGAAAUCUUGGCCCCGGAACCUUCAGUCUCUGAAAAUUCACAUUUAAUGGUGUUCACACUUUCUCUCCAUAUCUAACUUCCACGCCUUUACAAACACUUCACCCUUUGUGUAAGGCAAGGGUGGGCCUUCCAACUUGAUAUAUAAUUGUUAUUUUGCAAAUGACCUCUUGUGUGAAUGACAAACAUCCAUCUUUAUGAACAAACGUUAAAGUCCCAGUGAAAUUAAAAAUGACAAUGCCUAUUUUUUCCUGAAAUAUUGCAACGUUUAUUGUAAAUAGUUUAUCAAUGUGGGUCAUUCUCUUUUUAAAAUCGUGUGCCCUCAUAAACUUCAGUUAAACUCUAAAAAUGCACUUCCGUCCUGUAAUGACUAUCCAUCUUAAUGACGUCUGUUAGACGGCUUGGGCUGAGCAUCCGUUAACUCCUCCCCUUCAACUGUCAGUCUGCUGCCAGUUGCAUUUCAAAAUGCAACAGCUGUUUUUAUACAUCCAGUUAAAUAGCAGAGAAAGACGAAAGCCACGCCCACUAUUUUCCUCAUUUAAAAUUCUAUUUCACCCGGAAAUGCGUCAAAAUGUGCAAGUAAAAACGAUCGCAACUUCCGGUUCACAGGGACUUUAAGCUCUUUUGUCAAAGCAUUCCUUCAAGAAGCUAUUACCAUAGGUACACAUAUCCCUCUUUUGUCCUUACACAUGGGUAUCAUAGAGACAUGCACGAUUUUUGUGUGCACACGUAAGCUUAAGUAUAAGAUCACAAUUUGUGUCAACAUGCACUGAGGGAAAGAUGUGCCUCACUGUAAGCCCAUACGGUUCAGAUCUGCUGUCUGAGAUUUAGCCGAAAUAGCUUUUCAUUUCUAAAUACUGCUGUCUCACCUGCAUAAAAGCUGAUGAGAAAUCUAAACACUGGAUGCUGUGAGCAUGUCAGCUCAUUUCACACAAAGGUUUUAAUGGCACUUACACUUUACAAUAUAUCAUGUACAUUACCAAAACCUGUUCGUAGUAGCACAUGCACUGAAGCUAUAAUCAUACAUAAUUCUUACAGAUCAUUCAUAUUCAAGGUACAAGCAACUUAUUGAAUGGAGUUUUGAGCUGUGUUAAUUUAUUUUUUAUAAUAACCACUACACAUGAUUUGGUAUUGUAACCACAAAAGUUUUAUUUAUUUUCAAACAGACAUAAUAUGUAUUUUGACAUACAAACCUCAUUAUUUUUUUAUCUCGUGUUUUAUUUUUUGUCCACUAGCAUCUUUGGUGAAACUUCAUUCUCACACCUUUUUGGAACUAUAAAUAUAAAGAAUAUAACCUGUUAUUUUCCAAACUGUGAAUAUCUUUACAUUUCUAAUGGAGACCAUAUAUCCAUGACCACCUAUAGGGGAAUUAGAAAUGGGCUUUUAAGCGUUAUCAUGUGUCAAUUUCUCUUUUUGAUAAUGAGCUUGCCAGAUAAAUCCUAAGGUAUAGAUUUGUACUGAAAGUUGUCAGUAUUUUCUUAUUAGUACUACAUAAUGUAAAUUUGUUUCACAAUAUGAAACUUUUAAAAGAUUAAUGCUAUAUAUUGAGAUAUAGAUGCACAUGUAUUAUAGCAAAUCUUGGAUGAAAUCAACUAAUAUGUACAAAAACAUUGAUAUUGUUUCUUAACUGUUUGGUGUUGUAAUAAA